AUGUCCGGAAACCCUACAGAGCAAGUCAAAGAAGUCCUUACCGCGGCGGCGUCUACAUCCAACGAAUGGGCGCAGAAUAACGUCGUGAACCCUAUCCGCUCGUAUCUAACGACGGAGAAAAGUUCGGAGACCGAGAAUCCCGAGAAUAAUAUUUCGCCCGAGGAGAGCGAGCAGAUUGAUCGCAUGGACAAGGAAAAGGUUGCAGAAUUCUUGCAGGAGAAGCACAAGAGUACGGCUGGGAUGAAACAGAAGUCAUGA